AUGGCCAGUUUGAGCACCAGUACUAGUGCCACGACUAGUCCUCGUCGUCAACGUUAUAAUAGAUCUUCCACCACGAGCGUCACACAGCUACUAUCAGACGGUUACUCCAGUUUUAUCAAUCGUUUAACUCGUCGUGGACCAUCGGAGAAAAGUGAAAUUAUUUCAGACACGAAACUUAGCACUUCGCGACCGCGUUUCGACGAAAAGCUUAUUUCAAACAAAAAUUCCGCAUUAUCGAAUGUGCGACGGUACGAGAACAAUGGCCACAUCUCACCAUACACAUCUUUGACGUCCGGUGCGCCAGCGCGGAAGUUGAACGAUGACCGUACGUACUCGAGUUACCUGGGCGCGACCAAGUCGCGCGUCGACACAUCACCUUUGCAUUCUACCUCCGGGAUUAGCGCGCUCGGCCGCACUGACUCGUUCCGCAGAGCUCAUUUGAAGGAUAAAUCAUCACCGUUCACCAAGCGGUAUCCAUUGAAAGAGGCCAACAAUAACAUUGAUGGCAUUUUGUUAGGUAGCACGCGUAGUAGAUUGGAAGACAAGUAUUCCUCUGUUUUAGAUAGGAUAGCGGUACAGAAAAAAGAAAGGGCAAGGAAAGAAAAGGAAGACCGUGAUAAGACAUUAGAACCUGAACCGACAUUAUCUCGAGGACUGAUGAGGAGUCUUACGACAGCAGUUUUUGGGGAAAAUUCAUUUAAAAGAAAUAAUUAUUCUCAUGAAAAAAUUAGAGAUAAGACUCCUUUUAGAAAUACCGUGGACAGACGAUUGUCUUCUAGUCAUAAACAAAAGGAUGAUUACAAAAAUGGAUUUGACAUUCCAUUAAAAGAUCGACAUUAUGGUAAAGACAGAGAUAGUGUAUAUCGAAGACAUCAAAGAAGAUCACUAAGAGCUGAAAAAAGCGAAAACAACGAUAGAAAAAUGGGAAAACUAUCAUUGCGUCCAAUAGAUAUAAACAUAAACCCUGCUGUUAGAGAUUUAGUAUCACCUCCUCAGCAAAGCAUAAACGACACUUUUGGAAAAUCAAAAGUAACAAAAACUCCUGCAGCGUCUCCCGCUAGAGAGGUGGGACGACAAAAGCAAAUAUAUUUUCCAUCGAGUGAUGAAGACGACGACAAGACCCCGGUAGGAGACAGGGUACUCAGUGAGCGAGAAACUAGGCGGAAAGAGAUACAGGGGCUCAUCAUGAAGUAUGCACACGUAGAUGAGAUGUACGGACGUAUCGGUGAAAAGCAGAUUAACGAGAAAACGAACGGAAUAGCUGCUCCAAAGAAGGUUGAGCCGUUAGCUGUUGGGGAUAUAGUGGUGCUGCCGCCCGAGCUGCGCGCCAGGCAGCGGCCGCAGCGGCCUCGCCAUCUGAUGCGGCACGCGGCCACGCCGCCUAGCUCCCGGGCACGCUCCUCCGUCAAGGACGACAAGGACGGACAUCUGGUCUACUGGCCCGGAUAUGUCAUGGGAGCGAGAUACAAAAUCAUCGAUACGCUCGGUGAGGGCACCUUCGGCAAGGUGGUCGAGGUGAAGGAUUUGGAAUUGGAGCACAGAAUGGCUUUGAAGAUAAUCAAGAAUGUCGAGAAGUACAGAGAGGCUGCAAAACUCGAGAUAAAUGUAUUAGAAAAGUUAGCUGAAGUUGACCCUGAUUGUAAAAACUUAUGUGUUAAGAUGUUGGACUGGUUCGAGUACCACGGACACAUGUGCAUCGCAUUUGAAAUGCUCGGCCAGAGUGUAUUUGACUUCCUGAAAGACAAUAACUACCAGCCGUACCCGCUAGAGCAAGUCCGGCACAUCGCGUACCAGCUCAUAUACAGCGUGCUGUUCCUACAUGACAACAAACUCACGCACACUGAUCUCAAACCAGAGAACAUUCUCUUCGUCGACAGCGACUACGAAGUCGUCAGCGUUUACAACGCCUCCAAAAAGAAACACGAUCUAAUGCGUGUGAAGCGGAGUGACGUGCGACUCAUAGACUUCGGUAGCGCCACCUUUGACCACGAACACCACAGUACCAUCGUGUCCACCAGGCACUACAGGGCGCCUGAAGUCAUAUUAGAACUGGGAUGGUCACAGCCAUGCGAUGUCUGGUCUAUCGGCUGCAUCAUGUUCGAGCUGUACCUCGGUAUCACACUCUUCCAGACACAUGACAACAGAGAACAUCUCGCCAUGAUGGAGAGAAUCUUAGGACCUAUACCAUACAGAAUGGCGCGCAAAACAAAAACAAAAUACUUCUACCACGGAAAAUUAGACUGGGACGAGAAAUCGUCAGCUGGCAGAUACGUCAGAGAAAACUGUAAACCACUAAUGAGGUACCUGCAGAGUAACAGCGAGGAGUCGCGGCAGUUGUUCGACCUCAUCGCGCGCAUGCUGGAGUACGAGCCGUCACAGCGCAUCACGCUGCGGGAGGCACUCAAGCAUCCCUUCUUCAACAAACUCCCACAGCACCAGAGGCUCGGCAAUGACCGGUUGCGAUGCAACGGUGAAAGCUCAGGGUCCCGCGAACGAUCGCACUCGCUCAGCAGGUGA